AUGCCCGCGCACUCACCAAUAUGGUCAGCUGACUGUAAACCAGGGGGAGAUUUUGCUUCCAAACACUUUGAUGGCUCUUUUAUGGGAAAACCAGGUCUAGCGAGCAUUGGUGGAGUUUUUUGUAACAAUUCUGGCAGAUUUAUUUUUGGUUUUGCAUGUUAUGUUGGUGCUACAUUUGCUUAUGUGGCUGAAGCAUUUGCAGCUCGUUUGGCAUUAAAAAUGGCCAAAGAUCAUAACUUUACUCAUGUCAUUUUUGAAGGAGAUUCCCAGCUUUUGGUUAAUCUAAUUGCUGGUGCAAGGGUUAGGGUGGAAUGCAAGGACAGGGAAACACUUAAGGUCGCGUACCAUGUCGAUGGUGUGACAGAUACUACUGGAACUUACAGGAUCACAGUUGCAGAUGAUCACGAGGACGAGCUCUGUGAGUCGGUUCUCAUUAGUAGCCCUCAGACCGACUGCACAGCCAAGACACCAGGGCGUGACAGGUCUCGUGUUAUCCUCACCAACAACAAUGGAAUCAUCUCCAACAUACGUAACGCCAACGCCAUGGGAUUCACGAAGGAUACUGCUCUCUCUGGUUGUACCCAACUCCUCAAGCAAUACCAGGAAUAUGACGAGUAG